AUGUCUUGCAUGGCAGAGGGUGCCUUUAGGCAGCGCUCUACUGCGUGUGAUCUACCUGACGGCACCCUUUAUGAGGAGGUGUCGAGGCAGAAGGUCAAUAGGCGGAAGACAAGGGCUUUUUCGACGUCUUCGUCUUCUACCCUAGAUAGAGCCGCAGCCAGUGUGAUUGAUUCGCAGUGCACUUCGGCAAGAAGUCAAGCAUCUCUACUCUAUUAUUCCUCUCGCUACGAUGACGGAAAUAAGAAGAACCCCAUCAACUUUUGCAGCUAUCGACAGGGAGUUCCCGUGGAGCUUCUUCGCGCCAAAACAAAGGAUUCGAUUGACUACCUAUGA